CCGAAUCGAACAGACGUAGAAGUCUUAGGUCGAGGCAUACCAAAGCGAAGGCGGCACAACGACUUUUCGAUUCUGAAAGUGCAUCGAAGGUCGAUUCUCAUCGAUUGGGCUAAGCGCAUUGCAUAUACAUAUUUGUCUAGCGUGUUUUGGAAAAGAAAAUAGAGUAACUUUAGUCAAUAUGAAUAAACUAAUCACUGCCUUUUGCAUUUUUUCUGUGCUCAGCUGUAGCCUGGCGGAAGAUACUCCACGUGAAAAGCGUCAAGCUGGAAAGCUGCACAUAACUCUGCUAUAUGAAUCGCUGUGUCCAGACAGCAGGAAGUUCAUGCAUCAGCUGGGACCUGUGCACGAAGAGCUGCAAGCUUAUAUUGACAUUGAGCUGGUGCCAUUCGGAAAAUCUUCGUCUGAGCAAAACGGCGCAUUCUUCCACUGCCAGCACGGAGCAGCGGAGUGCGAGGGAAACCGUUUGCAGAGCUGCGUCAUAAGCAGCACCAAUGACCAAGCGGCGCAGGUGAAAUUUGUGGUUUGCCAAAUGUUUGCCUCGAAUUAUGCAAAUGCCGAUAAGUGUGCCAGCCAGGCAAAUCUCUUAACUGACGUGGAGUACUGCAUGAAAACUCCGACAGGCACCAAGCUCCAGCUCGACGCGGAGCUGAUCACGAAAAAUUAUCGGCCCAGCUUUGUGCCCACCAUUGUGUACAAUCGGGUAUUCAAUCAGCAGCUGCAGGACCAGUCGCUGCGCAACUUCCGGUCCACCGUCUGCUAUUUGCUGCGUCAACAAAUCCCGCUGCCCCCCACAGUCUGCCAAUAAACUUCCAACUGCCUAUGUACUUAACUUUAAUUGCCAGAAAACCCACACUAAUAAAUGUUUCAAUAAACCAA